AUGCAAUCUCCCAAGGAUUUAGUCAACUUUAUAGUGAUAUUAGUUUUAGUGAAAAGUGUUUUUAGUGAUACUAGCGAGCCAUUUUCAAAACCAGACAUGGUUGAGUACGUUACGUCUCUUGGUUACCCCAUAGAAUCCCACAUAGUUGAAACUGAAGAUAAUUAUAUUCUUAAAAUAUUCAGGAUCCCCCAUGGAAAAAAAUUCAAGAAAACUUCGAGAAGAACGCCAAUUAUUUUAAUGCAUGGUAUAUUGGCUGGGCCAGAAUCCUUUGCAAUGCUGGGCCCAGAUAGAUCCUUAUCGUUUAGAUUAGCUGAAGCUGGUUACGACGUCUGGCUGCCAAAUUGCAGAGGCACCACGCAUUCUAGAAAACACAAAACUUUAGAUCCAGAUAGGAACGCAAGCUACUGGGAUUUUAGUUGGCAUGAAAUUGGAAAAUACGACUUGCCAGCUGUAAUAGAUAAGAUAAUCGAGAAAACUGGAUCUAAACAGGUGACGUAUAUAGGUCAUUCCCAGGGUGGAACAAUUGUUUUCGUGACGGCGAGCGAAAGACCUGAGUAUAAGAAAAAGCUAUCCAAAGUUAUUGUUAUGGCUCCCGCAGUUUAUCUAAAUCAUUUCAAUAAUACUGUGUUAAAGGAUCUGGUCAAAGAUUUUAAAACAAUUUAUAGUGUUUACUUGUCAGUUAACUCCGGGGAAAGGCUAUUCUAUUCAUCGUACAGCGAUCUGAGAUAUUUUAUGUAUGCAUUCAAGGAUUUAUUUCCUGGACUUUUACGUUAUGUUUGGGAGAUGUUCAACGGAGAAUCUGAAGUUACUGAUUUUAAACAAGUAAUCGAGUUUUUGCCAACACUUCCAGCUGGCUCAUCUAUAAAACAAAUUGCACACUUUUCUCAAAACAUUAAUAGCAAGUCAUUUAGACAUUUUGACUAUGGUGCCGAGAAGAAUUUGAAAAUAUAUAAUAAAACAGUACCUCCGGAAUAUAAUGUUAAAGGAAUGGAUCUGCCAAUUUAUAUUUUUGCUACAAAAAGUGAUAUUUAUAUACCUAUAAAAGUAAUUAUGCAACAAUACGAAAAAUUGAAGUGUAUAAAAAAUUUUGGUCAGGCUACCUUUUGA